UGCCAUAGAUUUACUGUCUCAUAUCAUCACCAAAUUCAACACGAAGGAGAGAGCAACCGCAGGGAAAUGACGGGGAAAAAAGAGAAAUCAAAAGAGAGAAGGGAGAAGAGACUGCAAGAGAUUUCUCUUCUUAGGACCAUUCCUUAUUCCGAUCACCAAAGGUGGUGGUCUCAAGAAACUAUUGCUGUGGUGACUGGUGCUAACAGAGGAAUUGGGUUUGAGAUCGCAAGACAACUAGCAGCACAUGGAUUGACCGUGAUACUAACGUCAAGGGACACUAGUGUUGGUAUCGAAGCAGCCAAGGUCUUACAAGAAGGAGGUUUCAAUGUGGAUGUUCAUCAACUGGACAUCUUGGAUUCUGAAUCUAUCUCAAACUUUGUUGAUUGGGCAAAAGAAAAAUACGGCGGCAUAGAUAUCCUGGUAAAUAAUGCAGCUGUUAAUUUCAAUAUUGGGACUGAGAAUUCUAUUGAAUUCGCCAAACAAACGAUUGACACUAACUAUUAUGGCACCAAAAACAUGAUUAAAGCAAUGUUGCCUUUAAUGAGGUGUUCUUCUCAUGGUUCUCGCAUUGUCAAUGUAAGCUCACGGCUAGGUAAACUAAAUGGCCGAAAGAAUCGAAUCGAAGAUGAAGAAUUGAGAGACAAAUUAAGCAAUUUGGACACACUUACUGAGGAACUUAUUGACAACACCGUAUCUACUUUCCUACAGCAAGUAGAUGAUGGUACCUGGGAGUCAGGAGGUUGGCCUAAGUCAUGUACUGACUACUCGGUAUCAAAACUCGCUGUUAAUCUGUACACCAGGGUGAUGGCCAAAGAACUAUCGGAGCGGCCAGAAGGUGAAAAGAUUUAUAUCAACUGCUACUGCCCUGGAUCAGUGAAGACUGUCAUGACAGGCUGGACGGGGAAUACAACAGCUGAGAAUGCAGCCGACACUGGAGUCUGGCUUUCCCUUCUUCCGGACCAAGCAAUUACUGGGAAAUUUUUUGCAGAGAGACGGGAAAUAAACUUCUGAGGCCACUAGCCUCGCUACUGCGCAUGGUUUUUGGAUCAUUUAUAUCCUUCCCAAGUUAUUUUUACGCUAAGGAUUCUCGUACCCUUCAGCUACUGCCUUGCAGAAAGCACUUAUGGAUGAAGACUAGAUACUGUCACCAUUGGAACAAGAAUAUAAAUUUGGGAUCCUGCAGCAUCUUCAACCUCCUGCAGACUAAUUCAAACAAAUGAUGAGUAUGGAGUAAUUCAAAAUCUCUAAUGAAACAAUGUUUAUUAGUAUUGACAUUCUUUCAAUUCACCAAAUAAGUUGUAGUUUAAGGGCUAAGGCUCAUAACUCAUAAGAUGUCCUUUUUUUUCUUUUUCUUUUUUCUCUCUUUUUCUUUUUUUUGCUUGUAUUCAAGUCUUUUACUAUGAAGCUUCCUUUUUCAGUGGUUAGAUCACAGAAUUUUCAUUAUUUAAUAAUCUUAUUAUAAAGUA